GGCACAGCUGCAACGCAAAAGAAGGAGAUUAAAAAAAGAAAGCGAGACAGGAAAAAAAAAAGAAAAGGAAAGCCGAGGGGCAGCUCCACUGGCUCCUUCCCUUUCUUUCCCCCACCGCGCGGUUGCACGCGCGCACACACACACACACACACACACACACACACACACACACUCGCACACACGCCGCACAGAAGCAGACGAGCAGCGGGCUCUGCGCUAUGGCCGCUCACCGCUCUCCGCUGCCGACAGCCCGUCCUCUGCCUGUGUGACCGGUCUGAUCUUCCCCCCCGAAAGGUGACAACACAUUGUACGUUGAGGCCUCCCCGCAAAGCUUCCAGGAUCUCUGUGUAACCCCUGCUUUACCUGACAUUUUUAAAGACAACAUGGAGGAUUCAUACCGGGACAGGACUUCACUGGUUAAAGGGGCUAAGGACAUUGCAAAGGAAGCCAAGCGACAUGCAGUGAAGAAAGUCAACAAGAUAGUGGACCGUGCCUCAGAUGAAUACACACAGCGCUCCUAUAGCCGCUUCCAGGAUGAGGAGGAUGAUGAUGAUUAUGCCUAUCAACAGGAUGGCAGCUACAUGGGGGCUGCUAAUGAUGAGGAGGGCUCCAGUGAUGCAACUGAGGGCCAUGAUGAGGAUGAUGAGAUCUAUGAGGGGGAGUACCAGGGCAUCCCUGCCGAUGGACAGGUGGGGGAGGGCCAAGUUGCGGCAGGCCGACCAGUGUCUGACGCGCUGAAGGAUCGGCGGGAGCUGGAGUCAGAGCGAAGGGCGGAUGAGGAAGAGCUGGCACAGCAGUACGAGCUCAUCAUCCAGGAGUGUGGCCACGGGCGCUUCCAGUGGCAGCUCUUCUUCGUGCUGGGAUUGGCACUCAUGUCAGAUGGAGUGGAGGUCUUUGUGGUAGGCUUCGUGCUGCCCAGUGCCGAGACGGACAUGUGCAUUCCAAACUCAGGAGCUGGCUGGCUGGGCAGCAUAGUGUACCUGGGAAUGAUGGUGGGGGCCUUCUUCUGGGGUGGGCUGUCGGACAAGGUGGGCCGUCGCCAAUCCCUACUCAUCUGCAUGUCAGUCAACGGUUUCUUCGCCUUCCUGUCCUCCUUCGUUCAGGGCUACAGCGUCUUCUUGCUGUGCCGUAUGAUCUCUGGGUUUGGGAUCGGCGGGGCUGUGCCCAUCGUCUUCUCCUUCUUCUCAGAGGUGCUGGCCAGAGAGAAGCGUGGUGAGCACUUGAGCUGGCUGUGCAUGUUCUGGAUGAUCGGGGGCAUUUAUGCCUCUGCCAUGGCCUGGGCCAUCAUCCCACACUACGGGUGGAGCUUCAGCAUGGGCUCGGCCUACCAGUUCCACAGCUGGAGGGUGUUUGUGGUAGUCUGUGCUCUGCCCUGCGUCUGCGCUGUUGUCUCCCUCACUUUUGUGCCAGAGAGCCCCAGGUUCUUUCUCGAGGUGGGGAAGCAUGAUGAGGCUUGGAUGGUCCUCAAACAGAUCCACGACACCAACAUGCGGGCGCGCGGACAGCCAGAGAAAGUCUUCACCGUGAACAGAAUAAAGAUCCCAAAGCAAAUCGAUGAGCUUGUGGAGAUGCAGUCGGAAUCUGCAAACCCAGUGUCAAAGGUCCUAUUCAGAAUCAAGACUGAGCUUUAUGGGAUUUGGUUGACUUUCAUGAGAUGCUUUAACUACCCAGUUAAGGAUAACACAAUCAAACUUGCAGCUGUGUGGUUCACACUGUCUUUUGGGUACUAUGGCCUGUCUGUGUGGUUCCCUGACGUCAUCAAGCACCUUCAGGCUGAUGAGUAUGCUUCAAGGGUCAAGAUCCACAACAAUGAACGCAUUGAGGACUUCACCUUCAACUUCACGCUUGAGAACCAGAUUCACACUAAUGGCGUGUUCAUCAAUGACAGAUUCAUCAGCAUGAAGUUCAAGUCCGUCACCUUCAUCGAUUCCACUUUCCAGAACUGCUAUUUCGAUGACGUGACGUCAGUGGGCUCUUUUUUCAGAAACUGCACUUUCAUUGAGACUUUUUUUUACAAUACAGAUAUUGAUGACUCCAAACUGAUUGACACAGAACUGAUAAAUAGCACGUUUCACCACAACAAGACGGGGUGCCAGAUGACAUUUGAUGACGACUACAGCGCCUACUGGGUCUAUUUUGUUAAUUUCCUGGGGACUUUGGCGGUGCUGCCUGGCAACAUAGUGUCUGCCCUACUAAUGGAUAAAAUAGGGCGCUUGACAAUGCUGGGGGGCUCCAUGGUCCUAUCAGGAAUUAGUUGUUUCUUCCUGUGGUUUGGCACCAGCGAGUCCAUGAUGAUAGGUAUGCUGUGUCUCUACAACGGUCUGAGUAUCUCAGCCUGGAACUCUCUGGAUGUAGUUACAGUGGAACUGUACCCUACAGACAGAAGAGGGACCGGUUUUGGGUUCUGUAAUGCCAUGUGUAAGCUGGCAGCAGUGCUGGGCAACAUGAUAUUUGGGUCACUGGUGGGCAUCACGAAAGCCAUCCCAAUCCUGCUGGCCUCCUCUGUCUUGGUGUGUGGGGGGCUGGUGGGAUUAAGACUACCAGACACCAGGGCCAACGUGCUCAUGUAA